UGUAUUCUCUCUUUCUGUGUCUCUCUCGAUAUAUUAGCAAUGGCGGAUGGUGCGAGCACGAUGGAAUCGCUAAGGAAAUGGGUUGUUGAGAACAAGCUCCGAACUGUUGGAUGCAUUUGGCUAAGCGGUAUUGGGAGUUCGAUCGCCUACAAUUGGUCUCGGCCGAACAUGAAAAUCAGCGUCAAGAUCAUUCAUGCUAG